UGUGUAGACUGAGCUGUGAAGCUGGAGCUGCUUAGAGAGCAGAACCCUCAGCCUCUGCCUCAGAGUAUUAUGAGUGCUGUGAACUCAGGUACAAAGAACCAGCUCUUGGAUUUACUCUUUUUCUUGCAUCAAUACAUAGAAUUGAAGGAAAACUCAUUAACAACCUACAAUAUGCAGAUGAUACAGCCUUGCUUGCUGAAAGUGAAGAGGACUGGAAGUACUUACUGAUGAAGAUCAAAGACUACAACCUUCAUAUGGAUUACACCUCAACAUAAAGGAAGCAAAAACCCUCACAAUUGGACCAGUAAACAACAUCAUGAUAAAUAGAGGAAAGAUUGAAGUUGUCAAGAAUUUCACUUUACUUGGAUCCACAAUCAAUGCCCAUGGGAGCAGCAGUCAAGGAAUCAAACAAUGUAUUGCAUUGGGCAAAUGUAAUGCAAAAGACCUAUUUAAAGUAUUAAAAAGCAAAGAUGUCACUUUGACGACUAAGAUGCACCUGACCCAAGCCGUCGUAUUUUCAAUUGCCUCAUAUGCACACGAAAGCAGGACCAUAAGUAAGGAAGACCUAAGAAUUGAUGCUUUUGAAUUAUGGCAUUGGCAAAGAAUAUUGAAUAUACCAUGGACUGCCAAUAGAAUGAAAAAAUCUGCCUUAGAAGAAGUACAGCCAAAAUGCUCGUUGGAAGCAAGGAUGGCAAGACUUCACUUCACGUACUUUGGGCAUGUUAUCAAGAGGGACCAAUUCCUGGAGAAGGACAUCAUGCUUGGUAAAGUAGAAGGCCAGCGAAAAAGAGUAAGACCCUCAACGAGAUGGAUCGACACAAUGGCUGCAGCCAUGGGCUCAAGCAUAAUGGCUGGGCACAGGACUGAUCAAAGGCAACAAAACUGGAACGAAGCAGUUGAUAGUAGUUCUUGGCUUUUUGCUUCUGUUUCUAUCAAUUUGACAUCAUACAUGGCUACAGAUGGCAAUUUUCUUCAGGUUCCCUUGCGUCAGAAGCCGAGGAGGAAAACUGAAGGUUUUUUCACGAUGAGUCGGCGAAGGGUCUCAUGUAAAGAUCUGGGACAUGCUGACUGCCAAGGGUGGCUGUUUAAGAAAAAGGCAAAGGGAACUUUCCUCAGCAACAAAUGGAAAAAGUUCUGGGUGGUGCUGAAGGAGUCGUCCCUGUACUGGUACAGCAAUCAAAUGGCAGAGAAAGCUGAUGGAUUUGUCAACCUGCCUGAUUUCACUGUGGAAAGAGCAAGCGAAUGCAAGAAAAAGCACGCUUUUAAGAUCAGCCAUCCAGAGAUCAAGACCUUUUAUUUUGCAGCUGAAAACCUGCAGGAAAUGAAUGUGUGGUUAAAUAAACUGGGAUUAGCUGUAAUCCAUCAGACAUCUGCCGCAAAGGAUGAAGAAUGCUACAGUGAGAGUGAACAGGAUGAUCCUGAAGGAGCUGUGGAGACACCGCCCCCUCCUUACUCUUCAGAGACUUCGUUGGCUUCGGCUGCCCAUCAGGCAUCUUCAUCCUCACCCAAGCUGAGUGACGCAUCACGUUCUCUCUCUUCCCUGGAAAAUGCAAGGAAGAUGCCCAGCCGUGUUUCUUCCUCCUCAUCUAAAGACACGCAGUCCUGGCUGGACACAGUUAACAGCUCCUCCAUGGCUGAGGACGCCGGACAGUCUGUACCGUUUGCCGUGCGGGUUCACUCACCUCUCCCCUCAGAGGCAGGCAGUCACAAGGCCCAGGAAGAUGCCAUGUCAGAAAGUGGAGUUUUGAACUCUUUAUCCAGUGAUGAUACUUCUUCACUGAGUAGCAAUGUAGGCCAUCUUACUGUCCCAGACAAGCCUACUGGAUCAAAGAUGCCGGAGAGAGAAGAAAUAAAAAUAUCAGAAGAUGAUGAAAUGGAGAAGCUCUACAAAUCCUUAGAGCAAGCAAGUUUAUCUCCUCUUGGGGACAGACGACCUUCAACCAAAAAGGAAUUGAGAAAAUCCUUCGUUAAGCGGUGCAAAAAUCCAUCCAUAAACGAGAAGCUCCACAAAAUCCGAACCUUGAAUAGCACAUUAAAGUGUAAAGAACAUGACUUGGCCAUGAUUAACCAGUUGCUGGAUGAUCCGAAGUUGACAGCCAGGAAGUACAGAGAAUGGAAGGUCAUGAACACCCUGUUGAUUCAGGAUAUCUACCAGCAGAGGCGGGCCAUGCCUGCCCCUGAGGGUAACCCCCAGGAACUCAAGAAACAGCCUUCCACAGCUUACGUUGAAAGUUCCAUUUGAGAACAAUCCCGGAUUCUCUCCCCUUUGUCCCACACAAGUCUCAAAGAUGUGGCAUGAACUUAGAUUUUUCCUUAAAAGGAAAACUGAAACCCUCUAAAGAUGCAAACUCAGAUGAAGGUCAUCACCCAAUGCAUCAGGACUCCUACCUAGUUCCUCUUGCAAGGCGUCCAUGGAGUGACUCGAUUGGAACGAAUGAGUUCAGUUGAACAGUUGAUUUUUGUGUUCCUGCUGAGAGCUUAAGGCUAUGCUGGGCCCUAGGUGGGACUGUGAGAAAUGUAUUAUCUGUCCGUUGCUCUCAAGAUUAUUCUGAUAUCCUGUGGACAGAAAGAUCAAAUUCGACAAGAGUUAAUUAUUCGUAGAAUUCUUCUGUGCUCCCAAAAAAGAAUCUACAUCUUCCACCUGAUUGGGUAGCUGAGCUCUCCAAAUCAAUAUUUUUUUUUUUUUGGAGUGGAGGAAUAGCUGCAACUGGAGCAGGACAAACACGGUAUUCCAGAACAAAUCCUUUGCUGUUGAUUACAGAAAAGUGGUGCCUUUUCCACCUGUUGACAAACACCUCACAGAGAGAAAUGUGUGGGAGAAUACCAGACGGAGGCUUGUUCUAUAUUCCACUCACUUAAAGGGCGACUUAAUAUUGUCGCACUUGACCCAGGUGGAGGAUCCCAUAAAUGUGUCCUUUGCAUCAAACAGGGAGAGAAAACAUCUUAUUACACCUGGAGACCUCCUCUCCCUCCUAGCUUUUCUAGGCAACUGCAGGAGAUAGUAACAAGUCCAGCAGGGAGUAUUUGCUGCUUUCUUCCUUGGCUGUGGUGCCUACACACAGUAUGAACUUAAGUCUAGAUUCCCUGGGAUCCAAUUUGAAAAGUUGAUUCUGGUGUCUGACUUGAUUUCUAAUACCUUUACUCCAAACACAAUGGAAGAGUUAAAACACGAUUGUUUUAUUUUUGUAUAGUUACGUGUCACUUUGUGUCCUCUGUGAAUAGAUAAGUUGCUAUGUUUGUUAUUUAAGUAUAUUUAUAGAAGUCCAAAUUACUGCUGUUGUCAAAGAUGAUAUACUAUUAUAUGUUUUGCUCAGUAUAUAUUCUUGAAGUAUAUACUUAUUGCUUGAGAAAAAUAGGGAUAUAAUUGAUUCUUUGGAGUUAUUAUGUUGCACUAUAAGGUAGUAGAAUGCUCAGGAAACCUUAAGGGAUAAAUAUGGGGGCAUGAAUUAAUAAUCUUUGCUUUUCUGAUCUCUCUCUCUCUUCUUCUUUCUCUUUCUCUCUCUCUGUCUCUCCUCUCCACCCAGGGCUCUUAGAUUUCUCUCUUUGUUUUAAGGCACUGUCUUCACUAGGAAAGCACUUUCAUCUAAAGUUCUCUCUUCUAUUAAAUGAACUGUCUUUUAAGAUUUAUACCACUUAUGCCCACAGACUCUAAACCAAAUGAAACACAAUUAAUGUCGUCUUUUGACAAAUGACUAAUAGAAAUCGGGGGGUCCAUUGUUAAAGUAGAGCUCAUUUUGUUAGAGAAAAAAAUAGACUCUUCGCUUACUAAUCAUGAAUAUUUCUCACCGCGAGAAUAACCGCAACUCACCAAAAACCCAUUUUGGCCCUACCCCUAGCAAAUUGUCGACAUAACACAUUCUGUUUGUAGUCAACCUGUGGCUUGACAUUCAAAUGGCAAAACCACCUGAAUUUUAUCUGCAAACUAAAUGGAAAUGUUUUUGAAUGUUUCCCCAGGUCUUACUAAGAAGUUGUAAUGCUCUGUAAACAAAGAACAAUCUUCACAUCAAGUAAGAAACAAAACAGGAACCACGUUAUGGUGAUAGAAGCCUCUCUGAUAUAAGAGGCCAUGUCUGUAGCUUUGGCCCAACAAACAUACAGGGGCUCAUGUUUGUGAAAGGUGCACAGUGAGGCCAUGGGCCGUACUGGCCAGGUGGUUCCGACCUGCAGUGAGUUUUCAGUUGGUACAGGCAGAAGUAACUUAUCCAGGUUCUCAGACUGGACCCCAUGCUUCUGAUUUGAGAGGCCAAUCCUUUAACCUUUUUCGCUUAGCAGCUACUAGAGUGCCAAUUGUUAAGAUUCACCAAUGUAAACACACUGUUGAGAAAAAACCCACCCAGUGCCGUCGAGUCGAUUCCGACUCAUAGCGACCCUAUAGGGCAGAAAGGAGACGUAAUAACAGAGGAAAUAAUAGGAUAACACAGACGUUCUUGCAGCUUUUUUCUCUUUGGUUUGCAGCACCAAUCUGCAGACUCCAAAACAAUUCCCCUUAAAUUGAAGAGCUCCAAAAAUUUUGAGCGGGGCUUGUGAAUACAUGUAAAUGCUCGUGACUUGUCACGAACGCACAUUUAACUGACAUUUUAGUGCAAGCUAUUUCUGGUACCAGUCAAAUAUCAAGGCAAAAUAGUUCUAUGAGAGGACUUAAACAGACCUUUCAAAAGUUACUUUUCAGAGUCAUUUUGAGAAAGUGACCUAGAAGUGUUGGAAUUGUCAGUUAACACAGCUGCUUUCAGAACCUCCCAAAAUGAAAGUUAAACUGAACUGCCUAAUUCUGGGCCCUGUUCACUGUGUUUUCCCCUGGGUGAAUGCUCUCGCUCUCUACUGGGUCGUGCCAGGAAGUAGGCCGCUGUUUCUGUGAGUUCCCAGCCUCAGUGGUGGCUGCUAAGGGACAGGGUGAGAGUGGGUGAUGCUUUCUAUGACAUUCAAUUUAGGAGCAACCCUGGAAGUUCUUUUGGUUUAAGCCAUUUUUCUUGUCCAAAGGAUAUUGGGAAAAACUGGAUUAUUCUAGUUUAACCCUGGGGAUUGGGCCAUACUGGAAAUGGAUCUGGGUAUUUUCAGAGAGUCUAAGGUGAAGCUCCUUAGUCACCCCGAUAGCCACAGGGUUUAGGGAAUGUGAUUUGACUCGAAGCCAUGAAUGCUCAGGGAGGAAAUAAUCUCUGUCCAGACCUGUGUCACCUCUUAGGGAUGAGAACCAAAAGGACUCUUCUUUGGGGUUCUGGGAAGGACAGUUUCUCUCUAUAGUUUGCCUGUAGACUCUAUUCUUUGAUACAUUGCAACACACGCUGAACUGGGUGGUUCCAAGUUUGAGGGGCCUCUGUGACUUUUAAGAAUUCUACAUUCUGCCACAACAGCUCAAAAUCUCAGUAUCAAGGGUCUAGAAAGACUCUCAUAAAGCACAAAACUACAAAGACUCCAGGAAGCAGAAGAAAAAGAUUGUGCUUGGAGUCAGGUUUCAAUGUGAAACCAAUGCCUUAUAUUUACUUAGCACUUUAUAGUUUGUAAAGCGGCAUGUUUCUUGUCCCCUGCCCACCACAGUGGCCCUGUGUGGAGUGGCUGUAUAACCGUUAGUCCUUUUUACAGAGGGUGGACACAAGCUGUGAGAAGUGAAUGGCUGUCCUAGGGCCCCAAACCGUCAUUGGUAAGGCCAGAAUCCAGUUUGAGGCUCCUGCCCCCAUUCCCUCCUUCUCCCGUCACACCGUGCAGCAGCUGCAGGAGCAGUGCCUGUGGGGACACAAGCAGUUUGGCUUGGACUGCAUAGUCCACUGCACUGUAAGUGGCACACACUGCCAAGGUGGCUUUUGGCUAAUCUGAAACCUAGGGGCCUGAGCACCAAACCAAAACCAAACUCUUUGCUGUCGCGUGGACUCCAACUCACGGAGUGACCCAUGUGACAAAGUAGAACUGCUCCAUAGGGUUUUUAUUGGCUGUAAUCUUUACAGAAACAGAUCACCAAGUCUUUCUCUCCCGAAGCCUCGGGUGGGUUCGAACCUCCAACCGUUCGGUUAGUAGUCGACUGCAAAUUAUUUGUGCCACCCAAGGACCGUCCCUGAGCAGAGUCUCUUCUCAACUACCCAAACGGCCGCUAUCCCUCCUGCGGAGACUGCUGUGGGGCCAGCUGGGAAUUGGGGGUUGAUCUGUGCUUCCUUUCUUCCCUGCUGUAAAUUAUACGCUUGUUAGGUGCUGUGAGCCCUUAGGAUGAAAGAGGUAUAUUCAAAGGAUUGAAUAGUGUCUAUUUUUCUUGCCUUUUAAGUAUGUUGGGAGAUGUCAGGGACUGAACUUAGUGAUCAGUGGUUAGUCCCUUAGCCUUGCUCUCUCAAUUUCCUCUUACGCAGUUAGGAUACUUUCCUCAGACCAUCUUCAUAUCACAAACCAUGUCAUACAGAUUAAAUAGAUCAAAAGAACUAAUUUUAAGUCUUUUGGGAGAGGAGCUGGACAAAUUCAACCCAUAUUUAAAUUCAUGGACACACACCUCUAUAUAAAAUAAUCUGUUGAAUGACAAUAUUUUGCUAUAGCCACAUAGGUAAUUUAAAUGAGUUAUUUAAGUACCUGUUAACCCGUUGCUGAUAAGUCGAUUCCAACUCAGAGUGACCCUGUAGGACAGAGCAGAGCUGCCCCAUAGGGUUUCCAAGGAGUGGCUGGUGAAUUCUAACGGCUGACCUUUUGGUUAGCAGCUGAGCUCUUAACCACUGUGCGAGUAGGGUUCCAAUUUAAGCACAAAGGAUGCCUAUCCAAAAGCCACUUCCUAUUGAAAAGCUGCCAUAUCCAAAUGGUAGGCUGCCACCUCCUCUUCUGCCUCACAGAAUAGGAUAUUUGAUUGCGGUUUUCCCAAUUUAAUUCCCUUCCAGCAUUUUUGCAUGUUGAAAUCACAAGAGAAACUGAGCUCUAGGAAGGUGAGAUGACUACCCUGCCUCGGGUUUUGAAAUACAUAAUUAAAAAUAAAAGCCACUGAAACAGUAUUUUUACAACCCGUAGCUAGUGACUGGGGAAGGGGCAUAUUCCACGCCUCACGGAAGGCCACCCGUCUCCAUGGACAACGUAUUGGGCGGCUGGCUACGUGUCACUCUUCGUCGUGAGACGGUGCCCUUUACGCGUCUAAAGCCUUUGCACAUCUUCGUAAUUCAUGCUUUCCACCGGGUCCUCUUUCCCGUGCUCCCACGGUACCUCAUCGAAAACAUUAUAAACUGAUUCUAUGUUUUUUAAAAAGUACCUUUCACAUUCUCUGGCUGUGAGGAGACCUAACUUCGUUACUCUGUAGUGCUAUUUCCUUACCUUUAGUCCUAAGGGGAAGCAUGCCUCAUGGAGACAUUUAACAUCCCAUCAUAAAAACCAGGAUUUGUAAUCAUCAGAUAGUUUAAUGUCCUUGCAUGAUGGAGAUGUGACUCUUAGCACUGCAUGGCAUUUGGGGGCAAGUUUUAAUAUGGAAAUGAUCCCUUAAAUUGCGUUGUGCUUUUCAUUCCUUGUCACCUACCCUCUCUGGCUAAACCGAAAGGAGGCAUGGCUCCUUUCUCCUGCUUUAUGUUUCUGAGGCUGACUUGUAAGAGAAAAAUAAAAACAAGAGAAAACGUUUCUAGUGAAAUGACGUGGACAAAUAUUUGAAAUAUUCCACUGGUGUUCAUUUUCUGCCCUGCAGUGUUGCUUUCUCAAUGAAAAAUCUCUCCUUGGGAAGCGGCUGCUCUUUUAUCUUCCACAAAGGUUGUAGCGCCCUCUGGUGGCUGUCACAAGAAUAACUGGUUUUAGGGUCUAUUGAUGUUUUUAUUCUUUAAUAUCUAUGUUGGGAAAUCUAUUUUCAACAAUAACCCAUAUGGUCUUUUUCAACUUAUUAGUACAGCAAUAUCUAGAUUUUUCAAAAGUUGCUGUUGGCCCACAAAAUUUGACUUACCACUUAAUCAUUACUAGGUACCUGCAUUUUGUUAUGUAUUUGCAGAUUAUGUAAGCUAAAACCUGAGGAACGUAAGUUCCUUAAAAUAUGUAAGAUAUUUACAUGAAAAUGUACAAAGAAAACAUUGAAAUUGUUGAAAUAUUGAAAAGACAUAAUGCAUCGCCUUUCUUUUGGAUCCACUAAUCAGAGGAAGCUGGCCUAAUUUGAAUUGGAUUUCCACUUCCUCAUUUGCUGCCUACACGCACAACAAGUUCUCGUUAUUUUUUCUCCAUCUCUCCCAGUUCUCUGCAUACUCACUGCCACCCUCCUUCUCCUCCAUCCUGCCACCACCAAACAUUCCCAGCCUCCCAAACAGAAGCUAUAAAAAAAUAUUUUAGAUCAAAGGGAGAAGCAAAAGGCAUAGAUUUUUAGAACAAACUUGUAUUAGUUGCUGAUAGCUGCUGUAACAAAUUGCCACAAACUUAUCAGCUUAAACUGCACAAAUUUAUUAUCUUAUAGUUUUGGAGCUCAAGGCUGAGAUGGUUUUCACUGAGCUAAAAUCAAGGAGUAGGCAGAAUGCUUUCCUGCCUACCACAAAUCUCCAUUUCAAAUAUCCUGCUUCAUCUCCAUAAACCAUCCAUACCUCCCAGAAAUUUGAGAAUUUCCAAGUUUUAACUAAACAAACAAACAAAAAAAAAACCCAAUGAGGUGUGAAAAUCCUUUGCUAUACCGUGUGAUUGGAAUUUGGUAUCAUCAAAAUAUGUUCACCAUAGAAAAGGCCAUUCCAUCCUCAUGAGGAAAAAAGGGAAGAAAUUCCAGGCUUUCUAUCAACAUACGUGCACAGGUGCAGCAGACGUGAUAUUUUAGUGAGCAGAUCAGGCUUUCAUGGUACCUUCAUUUAAUGACAAAACACUAAAAAUUCACUUUUAAGAAUCAAAUAUCAUAAAAAAGAAUCAAAUAUCAUAAAAAAAAAGGAUAAUUUAGGCUUCAGGAAUCUUAGGUUUAUGAUCUGCUUUGCGCAGCGUCAGGCUUACAGAUGGGUUUGGCCAAGUCUGCAGCUUCCUUCCUCCACAAAGAGCAAGGAGGCUUUUGUUGACUGGGUGUUGAUGUUCAAGUGUCCCAAGAUGCACGGAAUUUCCCACAUUCCAGCCCUCUGAAUGAACCACACUCUAAGCAUUUUAUUUGUCUUUUUACCUUUAAAAGAAAAAUACCUUUGUUGUUGUUAUUGUUAGGUGCCAUUGGGUUGGUUCCAACUCACAACCACCCUAUAUACAACAGAACAAAAUGCUUCCUGGUCCUGCCCCAUCCUCAAAAUCCUUGCUAUGUUUAAGCCCAUUGUUGCGGCCACUGUGUCAAUCCAUCUCGUUGAAAGUCUUCCUCUUUUUUGCUGACCUCUACGUACAGGUGAUUUCCGAUGUUAGUCUGCUAAUUCUCCCAGUCCCAAAUUUUAAGAAGUCAUAAACACUAUACUGACAUUGAAGUCUCUUCUGAACAUGCCCAGGGAGUUCUAUUCAGAGGUGAGGAAGGGGGUGUGGGGGAGGGGACAAAUUCCCACCUGAACAGGGGGCCUAGGUAUUUAGCAGAUUGUUACCCAAGUGCCAAAGGUAAUUGUUGUGGAUGUUGUUGCUGCCCUGCCCAGACCCCUUCUACCUGGCUAGAACUUUUGUACCCCAGUUGCUAUGAGUUUUUCUUCUUAACCAACUGUUGUGUAACAGCCCAGGGGCACCCGGACCCAAAGUUGGCUGUGUCUCCAAGGGACUGAAGAAAGACUCUGGAACCAGCGAUCAUGACUUUUGGUUUAUUCAGGGGGCUUACUUAUGAGACCAUUGGUCCAAGGUGGCAGCUGGACCAGUUUAGUGCUCUGCGACCACCUAGCAAGGGAUACAAGCUUAGAUACCAUUCUGGCUAGGACCAAGGCUCAUCAGUUUCCUCCUGAGCCCUUGGGCAGUCAGCGUUCCCAGGGGCUUCACAUCCAGGCCCAGAUGUUUUUCUUCUUGUUGCUAAGGUGUUCCUCGUCCUUGGCUACCCGCCCAGUCACGCCAUUCCCAGCCUUGUAUCUUAGCCCAAGUCCAUCCUGAAUUCACCCCCAGCAUGCUUUGGGGAAGGGCAAAGCUGACUCCAUUAGGAGGGGAUGCAUAUAGCCGAAUAGCAUUACCCUACACCAACCAAACCAGUUGUCCUCGAGUCGACUGUGACUUCUGGCAACUCCAUGCGCGUGCAUCAUAGGACUUUCAAUGACUGCUUUUCAGAAGCAGAUUGCCAGAUCUUUCUUCUGAGGUGCAUCUGGGUGAACUUGAACCUCCAUCCUUUCAUUAACAGCCAAGAGCAUUAACCAUCUGCACCAACCAGGCUCUCUUUGUUCUUAACACUAUCCCUCUUUCCCAGAGAUUCUUCCCUCAGCUGAAACAGAGCUGCCAAGGUCAUCAGAUUAUGCCUCCCACCCCCAUCCAGGGCAGCUGAGACCAAUGACUGACUGGUGGGUAAAAAGCCCUUGCCUCAGGUGGUACCGAUUCUUUGGAACAGUGUUUCAAAGGCUUUCCCAUGGGCUCAGGCUGAAACUGGUCCACAGCUGAGGCCAUACCCUGCACUUAGCAUCUCCACGUCCUCCUAUCAUGCUUCCCUCAACCCCUUCUGAAAACAUUCCUUCAAGAAACCAUUUUCACAAGACUCCCUGUCUCAGGCUUUGCUUCCAACCUCAGGAAGUUAAUUCUGGAAAUUGUCCCUGGGAAACUGACUCCAUGGAUGAAAUUAGAGAGGUGGAUUCUCCUUGAUCGCCAGGCAAACUAGGUGAAGAUGGGAUGCCAUCAUUGGGGUCAGGGGAGCAUGGAUACCCUUGGCAUACUGUAUGUGGGUGAUUGUGGAGAUUUUACCUAUCAAGCACUGGGAUGAGACACAGGAGGAAGGGAAAGGACUGGCUGGUGUGAUGUCCGUGGUGUUCAAGAGGUGGGAAAUGGGGGGAAAGGGUAGCUAAGUACUAUUGAUGCACUGAAGAAAGUAACAGGCUCAGAUCUAUUAAUUAGUAAUUUAAAGCAAAGUGUGAGGGAGAGGCAACAUUUAAGAGAUACUCAUUUUGUGUAGUCAGAGGGCAAACAGAGUUGAAAAACAGGCACAAGACUUAAUUGUAAGAGUUAUAGAACUUUCUGGGUGACUAAAGCUCAGCCUCAACGAGUCUCCACUGCCAAAUGCAGGGUUUUGACAGGGAAUGAGAUGAGGCUCGAGAUGAGGCUACAUGGGUAAAUAUACUCAAGAAACUUGAACCCAGAUUCCCCAGGAACCCCUGGGCCUACAGAUGAGUGCCACUUUCCCUUACGGGAAGACAGAAGCCUCCAGCCUUCAUGUUAGAAAACUAUUCAGAGGCUUUACAAGAAGUAGGCACCUCACAAGACAAUACUUGCCCUCUGCAGACUUUCUCACCACCUCACUGCCUGGCCACAGCCUCUCCUUUAGGGCCAAUCUCAGUAUAACCCAAUGGGGGAGUGCUGGGCCUGGUAAGGGAAGAAAGCAAAUGCACACCAAAAGAACCACAGAACCUGCCUAGCUAAGGGGCAGGGACUGAGGAAGGGGGAAACACCUAAAUCUUUCCGGGGAAAUUUGAUGCAGGAUCCAAAUGGAUGUUGAUACUCGAGCACUCAAAAAACCAUCAUGGCCUCUGUGUUAGGAUGGAGGUGUAUGGAGGUGAUGCAAUAGAUGUACAAGGUUCUUUUAAAUUUAUUCAUUUAAAUUAAGAUUUUGGAAAAAAGCAUUGAAUAUACCAUCGACUGCCAGAAGAAUGAACAAAUCCUUCUUGAAAGAAGUACAGCCAGAAUGCUCCUUAGAAGUGUGGAUAACAAGACUACGUCUCACAUACUUUGGACAUGUUAUCAGGAGGGAUAAGUCCCUGGAGAAGGCCAUCAUGCUUGAUAAAGUAGAGGGUCAGCAAAGAAGAGGAAGGCCCUCGGUGACAUGGAAUGGAGACACAGUGGCUGCAACAAUGGGUUCAAACAUAGCAACAAUUGUGAGGAUGCUACAGGACAGAGCAAUGUUUCGUUCUGUUAUACAAAAGGUCGCUGUGAGUUGGAACCAACUAAUGACACCUAACAACAAAAACUUUUCACGUUGGGUUCACAGAUGCACAUAGUUGUCAUUUAACUGGUUCUUAAAUGUAUAAUUGGAAAGGCCAUAGUUAGUUGGGAGAACUGUAACUUCGUACCUUGACCAGUAGUAUAAGAGCUAUUGCAGUAAGAAAGGCCUAGGAGAAGCUCCUGAGGCUUCCUCCUUCAGCAGUCUGGCCACUGCAAAACCCAAACAGAUCACAGAAAAUUGCAGUGGACUCCUGUAAACUUAACCAAGCAAUAACCCCAGUUGUAGCUAUUGGCUGAAUGUGAUGUCUUUUCUAGAUCAGAUUAUAUCCUUAGAUACAUAGAUUGGGCAUUCUCUUCAAUACCCCUUGUAAAAGAGGAUCAGUACAUGUUUACAUAGGGUCGUCAAGAAUAUAUAUUUAUGGUCUUGUCCAAAGGCUAUAUAAAUUCCCCUGCUUCUGUCACAAUAUAGUCAAAAGGGACCUGUGCCAUGUAGACAUUCCACAGAAUGUCACACCGUCCACUAUAUUGAUGAUAACAUGCUAACUGAACGUGAUGAGCUAGAAGUGGCAUAUACUCUGGGUGCCUUGGUAAGAAACAUGUGCUCCAGGGAGUGAGAAAUAAACCCUAUAAGGAUGCACAGGCCAGCCACAUAGGUGAAAUAUUUAGUGGUCUAACAGUAUAAGGAAAACCAGGACAUCUCAUUCAAAGUAAACAGCUAGUUAUUGCACCUUGCACUCUUAUUGGUAAAAAGAACCAUAAGGUUUGGUGGGCUGUUCAAGAUUCCAAAGCAACUUAUGCUAUACACCUCACACAUUGAGUGGCAUGGAAAGCCCAAGAAUAGGCUGUACCUCAGGAAUAGGCUGUGGUACGAGCAGCCUUACUGCUUAGGCCACAGGAUUUAGCAGAUCUUGGUGGCGUAGUGUUUAAGUGCCACAGCUACUAACCAAAAGGUUGGCAGUUCGAAUCUGCCAGGCACUCCUUGGAAACUCUAUGGGGCAGUUCUACUCUGUCCUAUAGGGUCGCUAAGAGUCGGAAUCAACUCGAUGGCAGUGGGUUUGGUUUGGUUUUGGUGGUAGUAGAAGUACGUAUGAUGGAGAAAGAAGCCAUGUGGGUUCUCUGCAAGCUUCAAAAAGAGAGUCACAGCACAGAUCCCCAGGGUUCUGGAGCAAGGCCAUGACAUCUGCAGCAGAGAAAUAGUCACCAUUAAAAAAUAAUGCUAUCAUGUUUAGCCCUGGUGGACACUGCGUGUCUAACCUCUGGAGAAUUGAGUUCUGCAGCCAAAACUAACAAUCAAGAGUGCUGUUAGAAGCAAGUUUGGGGUGGCCUGGAGCAAUCCAUUGCAAAAUGGAAGUCUCAUUUCCAGGACUAGGCUGAAGAAACUCCAGAGGAUAUAAGAAAUUUUUAUGAACAUGCGGGUUAGACACCUAUGUCAUCUACCAUAAUUGCAUAGAUACAUCUCCCUCAGCUCACACAUUUGGCCUUAUGGGGGGCUUCUCCUUGUCAGAAAGAGGAGGGAAAGGCCUGAGCUGAGUUUAUUAACAAGUGAGCUUCAUAUAUGAGUACAAACCAAAAACAGACUUCUACUACCAUACCACCUCGCUUAUGGGAGACACUGAAAGUCAGUAGUGAGUGGAAAAUAUCCUAGUGGGCAUAGAUUCAAGCAAUGCAUCUGGUCAUCCACUUUAUGUAGAGACGAAUGUGACCCAAGGAGCACUGAGGACAAUGAAGCCUGGGGACAAGAUUUGUGGAUGCAACCAAGAGAGUAGGCACAAUGUUUGAGGGUCAGAUUUUUGUAUUGGGCAAUAAUACCCACCAGCAAGUAUCCAUUUCAGAAGAAGCACUAAACAACCAAGUGGAAAGGAUAACUCAACCAGUUGAUGUCAGGUCACGUCCGCCCUUGACCAAUGGGCUUAUGAACAGAGAAAACACAGUGUUAGAGAAGAAGGCUUUGCAUGGGCCCAGAAGCAUGUGCUCUUUCCCCACAAUUGAAAAGCUACCACUGUUGCUGAAUGUCUAACCCACCCAUAACAAAGACCAAUGCUGGACCUUCAAUAAGGUAUCAUCCCUUGAGGAGACCAAUCAGCAACUUGUUGGCAAGUUGAUUAUACUGGACCUUUUCUAAUGCUUCAUCCUGAUCAGGACUGACUAGUUUUCCACAUAUGGGGUUGCCCUUCUUUCCUGCAGUGCCUCAGCCAGUACCACUAUCCAAGAUCUCACAGAAUGUCUGAUCUAUUAGUAUAGGAUUCCGUAACAACACCUUUGACAAGAAGCCUACUUUAUGGUCAACGUAGUGGGGCAGUGGGCAUAUGACCAUGAGAUUCAGUGGUUCUUUCACAUUUUGCACCAUUCAGAAGAUGUUGGCCUGAAAGAGACCUCAAAAGGUCUCUUGAAGGUGUAGUCUAGGUACUUACUUGUUGGGAUACCUUGUGUGGCUAGAGUAGCACCCUUCAGAAUGCUUAAAAAAAAAAAAAAAAAGAACCAGUGACCAGUGACCAUUAUAUGGUACUCUGUCCCUAAAAGAUUGAAUACAUAGGUCAGGGGACCAAGGGGUCGAAAUAUGUUGGCCUAGCUCACCAUUACUCCAGUGACCCUCUUUGGGGGAUUUGUGCUUCCCAUCCCUAAAACUUUAGGCUCUGUGUGUCUAGAGGUUAUGCUUCCACUGGGGCACACUGUAAAAGGCCCCAGAAGCCUAAAUCUAUGGCUCUGUCUUGUUACUUUGGACUCCUUAAGCUUUGGAGACCAGCAGGCACUGAAAGGAAUUAUCUUACUGGCAGAGAUUGCUGGAUAAAAUAAUCAGGAGGAAGUAGGAUUGCUACUACAUAAUGGAAGAAGGUAGAACAUGCUUGGCACUGAAAUGGCCCACAGAGUCAUCUCUUUGUACUCUCAUGCCCAGCUAUAAUUGUCCCACUAAAAGGAAAAGAACAGCAACCCUGCUUGAUAAGUGCAUGGUAAUCAGGGGGUUGGGUUGCUCAGGGAUGAGGGUCUGGGACAUCAGCCAGAGAAGUACCAGUCAAGGGGAAUCAGGAAUGUAUGGUGCAGGAGAAGGUGAUUUGUCAUUUAAGCCCUUGUGAUCCACUGUACAGUGGGGCAAUAGUUUCCACCCUAAAUUGCCUCUUAAAUGUUUUCCCUGAAAUUGUGACUGUGCCUACAUGUAGGGAACUUAACGUGAGAAAUGAGGGGAUUUGAGCAGCACAAGGGUAGACUCUGUGGGAUGUUGAUGGUGCCCUGUUCAGAUCCCCUUUGCCAAGCAGAUGGACCCAAACCCUAGUGAAUAUUGGCUGCUGUCUUUGUUACUUAGCGCUGUUAUAAUAAAAAUACCACAAAAGGAUGGAUUUAAAGAACAGAAUUUAUUUUUUCGUAGUUUUGGAGGCUACAAUUCUGAAUUCAGGUCAUCAGCAGGGCUGUGUUCUUUCUCUGUGGGCUCUAGGGGAACAUCCUUCCUGGUCUCAUGCAGCUUCUGUGGCCCUAGGCAUUUUUUGUGCUUCUUGGCUUAUAGGAGGAUCAUCACAUGGUGUCUAUUUUCUCUU